AUUGCUCACCUUUUUCUUUUCUCCCUUUCCCCCCUUUUCUACCUGCAUGGUCCUCUGUUCUUUGCCCACUUCCCUCCCUUUCUGCCCAAUAUUCACUUCUCCCCCUGCUGUUGCUGGUAUCCUCUCUCUGGAAAAGCGAUCCUCUGCUUCCCCUGUGCCCAUGCUCUCUGGGCAUGCGUCCGCACCUGUCCAACCGGCUGCACCUGCACUCAUGAGCGCAGCUGCUCUGUGCUGUGUGAUAGGACCGGACUCCUGCAGGUGCCCAGUGAGUUCCCCUGCGAGGCCUCCUUCAUCAACCUGGACAAGAACGGCAUCAAAUUCCUGGCAGAGCGGGCCUUUGGGACCCUGCCCUCCCUCCGACAACUGUCUCUAAGCCACAACAACAUUUCCUUCAUCACUCCAGGGGCCUUCAAGGGGCUGCCUAACCUAGUGGAGCUGAGAAUUGCCUACAACGAGGACAUCCGCUACCUGCACACGAGGACUUUUGCUGCCCUUCGACGCCUGGUCAGGCUGGACUUGGCAGGCUGCAACUUGUUCAGCAUCCCUGACCGGAUCUUUGUGGACCUCCCUGCCUUGCAAGAGCUCUCCUGCUUCCAGAACCACUUCCGCCGGGUGCCCGGAGCCAUCAGGGGGAUGGAGAACCUGACUCGUCUCUACUUAGAGCGAAAUUGGAUCGAGGCCAUCGCCUACAACUCGCUGCAGGGUCUGGGCGGGCUGCGUUCUCUGAGUCUGCAAGACAACAGGAUCACUGUGGUGCAUGCGGGGGCAUUCCAGGACUGCCAGGUCAUGGAGUACCUCUACCUCAACGACAAUCUCCUCCACAGUCUUCCGGGGAGCUCCUUUGAGGGACUGGGCCACCUAAAGAUGCUCAAUCUCGGGGGCAACUCCCUGAGCACCGUAUCUAGGGCUUGGUUCCGCGACCUGGUGGAGUUGGAAGUGCUCUACCUGGACAGGAACAGGAUACGGUACAUUGAAGAAGGAGCCUUUGAGAACCUCACCAGCCUCGUGGCUCUGCACCUAAACAGCAACAACCUCACCUUAUUGCCCUUCUCUGUCUUCCAGCCUGUCUACUUCCUGGGCCACCUGUACUUGUUUCGGAACCCUUGGCACUGUGACUGCCAGAUGGAGUGGCUCAAAGAGUGGAUGGAGAGCUACGGUCUUGUCAGGGAUGUCCCCUGCGCCUCCCCAUCCUCUGUGGCCAGUGGAGACUUGAGCACGGUUGACUUUCACCGAUCCCAUGAGGGUCUCUGCCUGGAUCCUGAAGAACUGAACUUCACCAUGUCCAGCGAGGCCCCAUCGGAAGGUCCUCCCUCUGCCACUGAGAGCAAGUUCAGUAGCCUCAUCUCCAAGCUCCUAUCCCCAAGGGCUCCACCAGAAGAGAUGGCCAACGACACUGGGGGCUUGGUCAACGGCUCUCUGCUAGAUAGCCUUUCCUCGGGUGUAGAAGGAAGGCAGGGAAACAAGACCUUAUCAUUUUGGGUCUUUCCUCACCUAUUGCUCUGUGUGGUGUUUUCCAUAGUGACAAGACUGAACAUGACAUAAGUUCACAAGAUAUUUGUGGGAAAGCACAUUUAAAACAUUUAAAAGGCAUUUAAAACGGUGAUGCCCUCAGGUUGGUUAGAAAUCGACUUCUGGUUGGCAGAAGGAGGGGAUUGCUGGUAGAAGGGCCAAGGUAAAAUAACCUACUGCUGGAGAGGUCAUGGGGAAAUGUUGUUUUGUCACUGCCCACCCCAAAGGCAAACAUAAAUCCAACAACUAGAACAGAGAAUGGAAGAUAAACAUACUUACAGUUGUGUAUUUAUUUAGUGUUCACUUUUCUGUGCAGGGAUGGCCUUUUGCAUCUCUGAUUUAUAGAAGUGUCAGAUGGCCUAUAAUGUAUGGUUUGAGAGCUUCCAGGAGAUACCCCUCACCAUAAUAUCUCCCUUACUCUAGAAUUCAAGUGUCUAAAAUACCUACUGUAGGAGAUUUUUUUCUUUGGGGCCAAACAUUGCCCUCUCUUGGCUCCUCUUUUGAAGAAAGCCAAUUCUCCCAAGAAAGGGACAUUAUGAUAUCCUUAACCCUUUGGUAUAAAUUGGUUUUUCUUUCCUCCCUGAAAUAGGGAAGGGGGAAUGGUAUGGUUCAACAGAACACCAGAAUGAGGACACUGGAGGGAAGAGUUCUGAAAUGACUGGAUGGGGCAGUGAUGGUGAACCUUUUAGAGACCAAGUGCCCAAACUUCAGCCCUUACACAUAUGUGAGGUCUCCACCUUAUCCCAGACAGGGGAGGGAGGAAGUGUUCCUAUUGGACUGCUGGGCAGAGGAGUGGGUGAUGGGAGAAAUGUUCUCAGGCAGCAUGGAGAAGGGGAAGGGAGCAACCCACUCUGGCAUGUGUGCCAUAGGUUCACCAACACAGGAUGGGGAAAGACCCAGAAAGGAUAUUGAUGCUUGGAAGGAUAUUGAUGGUGAACACAACAUUUGUCUUACAAUUCUAUGUUGGCUCCAAAAGAAGUAUCAAGUUGAGAGGGAAUUCGUUGGGUAAGCCUUUUAAUAAGGGAAGGGGGAGGGGAGUAGAGUUUGGUCCUUUGUACAUUUUGGUACUUAACAAAUAUAAAGAUACUUACUGGAAAGAGGAAGUUUUAUGUUCUCAGGACUUAGGAAAUGAUAAUUUAAAGAUGCUAUUAUUCCAUGACAUUUGACUAUGAGAAGAAAGUCAGGACUGUCUAGUGAGUGCAGAAAACCAUCACUAUACAGGCCUCAUCUCUCCACGGCUACUAAUGGCUUUUCCCAAGUUCUUUAACAUCAGUUUUCAGAAACAGAAAAAUGAUUGGAAUGAGAAUGGACAGCAAUGAGCUGCUCUUGGAUAAUUCCAGGACGUUGUAACAGCACAUGCUGUAGUUUCCAGUCUCACGUUUCAGGCAUAGACUACUGAAGAGAAGAGCCUCUGGAAAUACCAUACUCAGCCUGAGGUACCAUCUUUCUUCAUUUCUUCUUUCCAAGCAGGAAGAUCAGAAGCUUCCCUCUCACUGACAGACAUUCUCCAGCUACAGUUCACUGCCCCAAAAUACCAUCAGAAACUCCUGAGCUGAAUGUCCUUGUGUUGUUUCUUCCAAAAUAAAAAGAAGAAUCAGAUCAGUUAGUCAAUCAGUAAGCAUUUAUUAAGUGCCUACUAUGGGGCGAGCACUGUGCUAAGCACUGGGGGUUCAAAAAGAGACACAAAAUAGUCCCUGAAUUCAAGGAGCUCACAAUUAUAUGGAUUAUCAGAUCUCUGAUAAAUGCUGACUUGACUUGCCCACUGCAUGGGACACAAUGAUGUUGGAUUUCCAGGAUAUUUACAAAUGAAGAUUAAGUAAUUUUUUUUUAAUGCAUUGAAUUCAUCUUUGAAUCAUGAAAAGUUGUUUUUUAAGACCCACUCUGAUGUUCUGUACUGCACAGCUACAGGGCUGAGCUGAGGAAGUCUGAAGGGAAUAAUAUUCCAUCCAGUCAUUGGAAGUUUAAUACUAGAAUUUUUUAUAAAGGAUUAUUAGUUGAUCAUGCAUUUUUAAUAGCUGGUUUUCCUAGAGGUUAUUAGGCAGUAAUUUUUUUUAAUCUUGUUGCAUAAACGUAAACCCUGAAGAUUAGUUUUGUAUUUUCAAUAAAUUUGUUCAAAUUGUAUUUUUCAAAUGCAAAAAUCAAUGGAGAUCAGGUCAGAAAAAUCAUUUAUUCCAACCAGAUACUAUGGAAGGGAGAGCUUGAAUGAUGGGAAGCUGGUUGGUUUUUUUUUUUAUCUUUGUAACCAUGGAAGUGCAGGGAAGAACCUCUCAGUCUAGGUUGCCAAGGAACAGAAUGUCACCUAGAGAAAAAUGGUUUUCAUUACUUUUGACCCAAGAGGGUUUGUGGUAUCAGCUUUAAUAUGUUUUCUUGGUACUGACUGGCUGGCUGCCUUGCUUUUUUAGAGAUAGAAUCUUUAGACUGGAAGUUUUUGAAUGAGUAUUAAAACCUAGAGGUCCUCCUGGGAGAUUUUUUUUUAAUAAAGUUAACCAGAAUUCCAGCAGAAUUAUGGGUAAAAAGGGCUGGGAGCCAUAUAAUGAAUCAUGAAAAGCACGGAAUGAGCUUUUAGUGAACUGUAGGCUGUUAUGAGCUGACUGUAGGGGAGAAAGCAUCUUUAUUUUUGGGUGUAAAUUUUUUCCAGGCCAUUAUGAUGCUACUUUGUACCAGAACACUAAAAUGACCCUUGGUGAGGUCGCCAUGUCUUCAAAAUAUGUCAUUUUCUUCAUCUGCUAGAAUGAAAUCUAUAAUUGCAAACAAUGACAAGAACAUUAAGCUGCAGAUCUGGGAGGAGGAAAACUGGGGCAAGAGCCAUUAAAAUUCUCUCCUGGGGUCAAGUACCACCUCUUGUCAUUUCCACUACACUAGAUUUCUCAAGAGAAAGAAAAUACGAAGAAAAAAGGUUCAUAUUUCAUGCACCAAAAAAAUAAAGGAAGCCCUUACAACUCCCUUCUGAUUUCUACAAUCCCUCAAAGGGGAAAGUCUGGAUGGGUAUUAGUUUUCUCCCUUAGGUUACUUUUUAAAUAUUUCUGUACUAAUAACUCUUUCUUUCCUUUUUAGUAACAACUCUAUCACAGAAGGGCAAGGACUAUGCAAAUGGGGUUGUGACUUGUCCAGAGUCACACAGCUAGGAAGUAUUUGAGGCUAGAUUUGAACCCAGAUCUUCUCAACACCAGGCCAGAUGUUCUAUCCAUUGCGUCAUCCAGCUUCCCACUGGGUUACUUUUAUAAGCAAUCUCAAUGUAAGCCAUGUUAUAAUGAUGCAGCUUUGACUAGAUAUUUUAAAUGCUUACAUUCUACCUUAGAAUUAAUUCUGCGUAUUGGUUCCAAGAUAGAAGAAUGGUGAGGGCUGGGCAAUGGGGGUUAAGUGACUUGCCCAGGGACACAUAGCUAGGAAGUGCUACAGGCCAGAUCUGAACUCAGGACCUUCUGUCUCUAGUACUGGCUCUCAUUCCAAAGAGCCACUUAGCUGCCCCUUGAUAAUGUGUUUUCAAUAGGCAGGGAUAUUUAAAACAAAACAAAACAAAAAAUUGAACUCAUUUUAGUAUGGUGAGAUUACAAGUCUGUUGAGUCCUAGGAGCUCAGAGAAUUUUCUCUCCAUCUCCCCAAGUAUUUAGUCCAAGUGAGAAUUUUAGUGUGUUUGUAAGGUGCUAUGGACCAGGGAGGAGAGUAGCACCAUUUUAGUAGAUUUGGGUCCCAUACCAGUGCCUUGAACACUACUUCCAUUUGUGAUUUAGCUAGAUAGAAUUCUGAAGGGCUCAGGGAAACAUUCAUGUGAUAAUUUAAAAAAGAAGUUCUCCCACAUAAGUCAUCAGCAUUUCUAUAUACUUCCAACUCAUCCCAGUAGCAAGAGUUAGAAAAAGAAAUUCCCUUUAAAAUCAUCACAGACAGUAUAAAAUACUUAGGAAUCCAUUUGCCAAGACAAACACAGGAACUAUAUGAACACAACUAUAAAACACUCUCCACACAAUUAAAACUAGAUCUAAACAAUUGUAAAAACAUUAAUUGCUCAUUGGUAGGACGAGCUAACAUAAUAAAAAUGACAAUCCUACCCAAACUAAUUUACUUAUUUGGGGCCAUAUCCAUCGAACUACCAAAACCCUUUUUUUUAGAAUUAGAUAAAAACAAUAACAAAGUUUAUUUGGAAGAACAAAAGAUCAAGAAUAUCAAGGGAAAUCAUGGAAAAAAAUGCGAAGGAAGGUGACCUAGUAGUACCAGAUCUUAAACUGUACUAUAAAGCAGUGGUCAUAAAAACAAUAUGGUACUGGCUAAGAGACAGAAGGAAGGAUCAAUAGAAUAGACUUGGGGUAAGUGACCUCAGCAAGACAGUCUAUGAUAAGCCCAGGGAUCCCAGUUUCUGGGACUCAAAAUCCACUAUUUGAUAAAAACUACUGGGAAAAUUGGAAAACAGUGUGGGAGAGAUUAGGUUUGGCUCAACAUCUCACACCCUACACCAAGAUAAACUCAGAAUGGGUAAAUGACCUGAAUUAAAGAAGGAAACUAUAAGCAAAUUAGGCGAACACAGAAUAGUAUACAUGUCAGAUCUCUGGGAAAGGAAAGACUUUAAAAACCAAGCAGGAGCUAGGAAAA